AUGAAUAACAAUCUCGACAAAUAUCUUUCCGAAUUGAAGGCUAAAAGUUCUUCCUCCUCAAGCAACAAUGCAACAUCUUCCACAAUAACAACAACCUCCAACAGCUUUACAUUUAAAAGUAAAUCCGCAACCUCCAUUAGUAACCAACCAUUACCCACAAAAUCAAGCAGAAUCAAUGUGAAUAAGACCUUCGGAGCAACAACACGCUCAAACCAGCAUACCAACAAUAAUGAUGAUACUCCAUCUGACAUAUUAUCUGCAUAUGGAUCAAUUUUGAACAACAACAGACAAAAUCACACCAAUAAUGUGCCCUCUGUCUCCACCAAGAAACGAAAAUAUGACGAAUAUAAUGAAGAGGAUGGUCAUGUGGAAUCCCCAUCCUCUCCUAUCGAAGAAAAGCCUUCUUCAUUUAUCACUGCAGCCACUCUUCUGAAUAAUAACAAAUUAUCCAAUAAUAUGGAGAAUUCCAACAAUGCCACCUCAUCCAUGCAUCCUAGUGUACGGAUUAAACCGAAAGAUAAUGGAAGCGUUGUCACGACUGCUGUAAACUCUAAAAGUAAUAAUAUUGUAUCCAUGAAUAGCAACAAGUCAAGAAAAUUGUGGAAAGACAAAGAUGAAGAAAUUGCAGAACUCGAUGAGUUAAUAUCAUCCACAAAUGGCAUCAAACAACAAACGUCCAUUAAUGAAAUUGUUAUUAAUGAUGAAAUAAUUCUCGAUGAAGAGGAUGACCCUAUUUUAACACCACCAGAUUUUGCACAAUCAUCCAAUACUACCAUUGCUAGUAAUAGUAAUGUUACCAACAAAACAAUUGAUUCUCACGAUCCCAUUCUUGACGAGGAUAUUCUUGGAGAUGAUUUGAUUUUGGAUGAAGAAGGAGAAUCCCACCCAUAUCAAGCCAACGAUACUCAUGAACCAUCAACACAGCUCAAUUCCUCAAAUAAUAAGAAUAUCAACAGCAAUAAUCGUAGUACAAAGAAAUUUACCUUACCUUCAAAAAGUAGUAGCAAUAGUGGUAACAGUAUCUCAUCGGAGCCGCAAACAACAACAAUUAACAACCAAAGCUCAUCAAAAUCAAAGAGUAUAUUACCAAAAUCCUCAACAAAAGUUGAGGCUCCACAAACACCCAAACCCAUAUUACCAAUAGCCAAAUCCUCUUCGACAGUCCAAAACUCAAAAUCUGAGGCUGAACUACUCGAAAAUUAUGACAAAUUGUCACGAGAACUUGUUGCCCUAUUGACCGACUGUUUGGAUUAUGCUGAAAGUUUUGAUCCGAAUAGCGAGAUCUUAAUGGAUUUCAUGUCACAAAAAACUCAACUCGAGUUAUUGAGACAAAAUCUUUCAGGUUCUCUCCUAAACAUUUCCUCAGCCACAAAUAGUAAUAAUAAUGGUUUUGCAACUCCCUCAACACCUGCCUUCUCAUCCUCUCGCACCGUGACACCAUCAACAUAUACCUCUUCUUCCUCGAGUAUCAGCAGGCCACAAGCAACCUCAACAAAUAAUUACGCCUCUUCAAAUAAGAAUACCUCUUCAAGUAAUAAUUAUUCUAGGAAUAAUACCUACGAGCCCAACAAUAAUGACAUGCAAGACGAAGACUAUUCACACUAUUCCAAUUUUGAUUCAUCACCCACAAGUAUCAGAGUUGAUGAUGAAGAUGUUGUUUUCACAGGCAGUCAAAAGAGCAACUCAACAUUUACCACCAGUGCAUCAAAUAAUUAUGCUGUCAACGUUGAUGAAGAUGACGGAUUUGGAGCAGUUAUACCCUUCGAUAGCAAUAAUGACAACUAUUCCUCAAGAUAUAAUUCUGGUAGCAGCUCUUCUGCCUCAUAUUCGUACAGUAGUUCCAGUAGCAGUCGACUGAUACGAUCCCAACCACAAUCUGGACAUGCUUCUACCUCUCAUGACAGUUCCUACUAUGCCAACGAGAACUUUGAAUGGAGCAGAGAACUCAAGAGCACCCUUAAAGAAAUUUUCGGUAUCAAUUCAUUUAGACAUUUACAAUUGGAAGCAAUCAAUGCCACACUUUCUGGAAGAGAUGUUUUCAUUAUCAUGCCAACUGGUGGAGGUAAAAGCUUGUGUUAUCAACUUCCAGCAAUUAUUGGUUCCGUUGGUGUAACCAUUGUCAUUUCUCCGUUGCUUUCUCUUAUUCAAGAUCAAGUCAUGUCACUAAUCAACUUGGAUAUUCCAGCUGUAUUUCUUACUGGCGAACAAGACUCUGAAACUACGAAACAAAUUUAUAGGGAAUUAGCCUCCUCAAAUCCAAGCUUCCGUCUUCUCUAUGUCACUCCUGAGAAAAUCUCUGCAAGUACAUCGUUCGUCAAUAUUUUAAGGAAGCUCUAUGAUCGUGGCCUUUUUAAGAGAGUUGUCGUGGAUGAGGCUCACUGCGUGAGUAAUUGGGGACACGAUUUUAGACCUGAUUAUCGAAAGUUGGGAGUUUUUAAGGAUGAAUUUCCUGAUGUUCCACUAAUUGCUCUUACUGCUACUGCCACUUCACGUGUUCAAGAAGACAUUAUUCAUCAACUCAAUAUUAAGAAUUGUGUGAGUUUGAAGGGGUCCUUCAACAGAACUAAUUUAUAUUAUGAAGUACGAAAAAAGGCAUCAUUGGAAAAAACUGCUAAGGAAAUUUCAGAUUUUAUCAAUGAAAAGUAUCCCAAUCAAUCUGGUAUUGUCUAUUGCUUGAGUAAGAAGGAUUGUGAAAAGAUGGCUGAAGAACUUACCAAUCUCGGUCACAAUGUAGGAGUAUACAACUCAGACGUAGCAGCAGCUGACAAGCAAGAUGUUCAUGAAAAAUGGAGUCGUGAUGAGUUGAAAAUUAUUGUAGCCACUAUUGCUUUUGGUAUGGGAAUUAAUAAGCCUGAUGUUCGUUUUGUCAUUCACCACAGCUUACCGAAAUCCAUCGAAGACUACUACCAAGAAUCAGGAAGAGCUGGCAGAGAUGGACUCGAAAGUCACUGUAUCUUAUUCUAUUCAUAUGCCGAUAAGGCUCGUCAGCAAAAAUUUUUGGAAGGUGAAAAGGCCAGCAAGAACGGCUAUGAAAAUAUCAACAAGAUUGUUGCCUAUUGCGAGAAUGAUUGUGAAUGUCGAAGAGUUGUACAGUUGCGACAUUUUGGAGAAUCUUUUGACCCAGCUCAAUGCAAAGGCAUGUGUGACAAUUGCCGAAAUGAAACUCCUGUCGAAAAGAAGGACUAUACCAAAGAGGCAGCAUCUUUCCUCAAAUUGGUCAAAGAUAUUGGACCUUUCAAAGCAACCAUGUCUCACAUUGUUGGUGUAUGGAGAGGGUCUAAGGCAUCCAAAAUUAAGAGUUUACAACAUGAUAAAUUAGAUGGACAUGGCGCGGGAAAAGAUCUCAACAAAAAUGUUGCCGAAACUCUAGUUUCCAAACUCAUUUGUGACGGAUAUUUACUUGAAAAAGUUCACAUUAAUGAACAGUAUGGAGGCAGCUACACUCAACUCGGUGUUUCACCAUCAUCUGAAAGAAUCAUUCAGGGACGUGUCAAAUUUGAGCUACUUGUUAGAAGCAAAUCGAAAAAGACAAAAGGUUCUCUCGAAAAGAUGCUAUCAAAGGGAUCUGCAUCCUCCUCCUCCAAAGACAAUUCCAAUACAAAGAAGAAGAAAGAGUUUGAAUCCAUGCUGAGUGCUGCUCUUCAAGAUAAGAGAUCAGAAUUGGCCAAACAGAAAGGUGUUCGUCCUUACAACAUUUUGGCUUCAAGAAUUUUAUCAGAAUUGAGUUCAAAACAACCUCUCGAUAUUGAGUCGAUGGCAGCCAUUAGCGGAAUGGGUAAAAAUAUUAUGGCGAAUUAUGGUCUUAUUUUCUUGGAAUUGAUUCGAUCCAUGAGAGCAAAAGAGUUGGGCGAUUGUCAACCUCUCACCGAUGCGGAACGAAAAGAAUUUAGUGAAAAGUACAAAACUUCGACCGCCAAAUUGAACAUCAAAACCGCAGCUUCUUCUUCGAAAACAAUUCAACAAAAAGAAGAUACUGAUCAUGAACUGGAUUUGGAUCUGGAUUUGGACGAUUUGGAAGAUAUUACUGAUCAAGUUGGUGGCAAUACCAAUCAUAAUGAUCGUAAGGAUGAACGCAAUGAUGUUGACAUUUUAACCACUGAAGAAUGGGAAAGUUUGGAUGAUUUGAUUGAGCAAGAGUUUGAGCAUCCACCUCCUCCACCACCAACAACAAAUACACCAAAGAACCAACCCAAGUACAGGUUCAAAAAUAUUUAA